UAUAUUAACUUUAAUGAAUAGUUAUAUACAAUUCAUUAUUAAUUAUAUAAUUAAACAAUAUAAUUUUAACAACUAAAUGAGUUAUAAUUUAGUUAUAUAAAAUUUAUACUGUAAAACUCGUGUAUUUGUUAUACUAUAAAUUACUAUCUUCGUAGUUUUCAAAAUUAGUAUUCAACUAAACAACAAUAAUACUUUGUAUAGGCUAUAGCUUACUAUAAACGAAAAAGUGCAAUUACGAGCACACAUCACAUUAGGGUCCAAUUUACAUGUUAUUUGUUUGGUUUUAUAAAAGGUAAUUUUAGUGACGAAUAUGUACGGAUUAGUUAACGUGAAUACUAUUAGGGAUAAUUAUGAUAAUAUAUAUAAUUAGCAAAAAACUUAUGUUAAUUUAAAAAAAGUUAUUUAGAUAAUUGAAUAUAAAUUAAUAAAAUAGAAAUUUUGGCUAAAAAUGAAUAAGAUAAGUGCUCUUUUCCAAAAAUAAUAUUUUCAAUUACAAAAGUUGAAACUAAAAAAAUAUAAUGAUGCAUAAUUAAAUACUAAUCAAACAAAAAAGUAUAAUGACUAUAUUGUAUAAACAGAUUUUCCAAAAUGUUUAUAAUACAUGUGUGGCUCCAAAAAAAGAAAUAUAAACAAUAACAAGCAUCUAUGUAUAUUUUGAUUAGAACCCCGCUUUAUAUAUUGUCAAUUUAAAAUUUAGAGAAUACAAACAAUAACUGAUCAUAUUAAUCACUAAAUUAAUAACAUGUAUUAAUAAGUAUUCCCAAAAUGAUUUAAAAUCAUGGCUGCUACAUUAUAGUAUGAAAUAAACCCAUGAUUAAUUAACCAUAGUGGCACCGUCUUUGUACUUUUUAGUGUAAAAAAAUACAUGAACGACGUUGAGGUCAAUGGACAUUUAAUUAUUUGUUUGAUACAAUUAUGAAGGGAGUGCUUUGCAGUUGACAUUCGAUUAUAUAUUUUCCAGAUUAACUCACAACCAUCUUUUCUUCGUUGUUGAAGUGUUUACUGUACAUAACUAAUCUUAAAUGUCCCUGUCGACAAGACGUGUAGCUGAAAUCGAUAAGAAAUGAGCGUGAAACUGGGAGGAACGUGGUCCCAUGAAUGCUACGAGAAGGCAACGCGCUAAUCAUUUCUCCUUUUUAUUUUUUAAAGCUAAAGUAAACCGUAGCCAUUAUUAAUUUCAAAAUAAUUCUCUUUAUAAAUAAUGCAUCCAUAUCCAUCACCCUGGCUCCUAAAGCAACAAAGAAAAAAAUGGAAGGCAUACUUAUCUCAUCGUCGCCACUCAGGUUCCAACCAUUGAUGAAGUUAUCUGGAACCAAGAAGAGGAUACGAACCACCGUGUGUGGCGGCUACUACUACAGAGGAGGAAGAGUGGUGGACGAGAACAUGGUGAUCCUUAGGAAACGGAUCCACGAGAGGAAGAUGGUCGAGCGAAACUAUGAACCUCCUUCCCAUUGGAUGCAGUGGGAGAAACGUUUCUACUGCAACUACGACGCUAACAUCUGUGCCGCUCUCUCUCUUCUCCAAAAUUUUCUAAUGAACUCUCGUCCCAGCGUUGCGUUUGGAACGAUGCUUCUCCUCUUCGUUAGCGUCCCCGUCUCCACCGCCUUCUUUGCGUUUCGGAUGCUUGACAUCGUUUUUUGGCUUAUGGAUGCCACUCACGUAGGAUGAUCGUGUUUAUGUUUUGCCUUGAUGUGUUACAUUUUCUUAUAAUCAAUAGUUUGUUUUCAAGAAAGUGUUCUGUUUAUAAAAUACUUAGACAAUUCAGUUUUUAUCAUUA